GGCAGUUGUACUUACGCUUUUAAAUCCAAGAAUGUUGUUAACGGUUAUUUUGAAAGUUGUUUGCAUUCGUACACAAGUUCAUUGAUGGCAAGUCUUAACAAAAAACGUAAACAUUCCACCUGGAAGCGCCGUUUCGAGGUCAAAUUAACAUUAUUCUGCGAGAAUGAAUUGAAAAUAAUAAGGCCCACGGACAUACGGCACCAUGACAGUACAAGGCAUAGAUUAUACACUUAAAACAAGAAUCUACCACCGGAUCGGAAACGCGACCCAGUGAGAAGAUCCGGCGAGAAACUCAGUGGGCUGUGUCUGAGGGUUAAUUUACUCGUCGAGCCCUUCGUCGCAAGCGACGGGUUCGACGGAAGUACAAUAAUAGGCGCUAGAGGAAGAGCGCCAGCUAGAUGGGUGGACCAACUCAAGGAGGUGACUGGAGGCCAGAUACGGGGAGCGGUACAUAUGGCGCAGAACCGGACCGAGUGGAGAAGAUUGACAUACAGUCACGAUUCUCAGCAUUGAGGGAACGACCAGAAAGAAAGAAGAUAAUAUUAGAGAAUGCAAGUAUAAAAAGCAAGUGAAAUCAAAAUUCAACUAACACGGACGUUAAUUUAAUUGAAACUAGUAAAAUUAGCAACAAAAAUCCAAAGAUAAAUUUAAGAGGCGGCAUAGUAUGAGAUUGUAAGGCCCUCCGCCCAUCUCAAUGCAGUCUGGAGAAAAGUUUGUAUGACACUUAUGACAGUCCCGUCCAUUAUCUCCGUCCGUCUCUUUCUAACAUUGUGUUUUUAAUAAUUGAAUACAAAGCAGAAUAGCUAACAUAGCCUAUUUACACAAGUCUACUUUCGAAUUCGAACUAGUUAUCAGGGUUUUAUCAGUUUCUGAUUCUGUGCUAAGUGUAUUGCUAUAGACGUCCGCGAGAGACUACAGAAAUAUACCGCCAGAACAUUAUCCUCAAUUAAUUUUAUCAAUAUUUGAUAAAUGAUAAGAUCCUAAAAAGUUCAAUCACUUAUUGAGUGUUCGUCAAAGCCGUCGUAUUCAUUAUUUCAUAUAGUAUACGUGUACAGUUACAGUAAAAUGACUACGACACACAUAUUCAACGUAGAAAUGACCUGUGAAGGUUGUUCUGGCGCCGUCGAACGAGUUCUCAACAGACUGAAGGGGCAAGGUGUAGAGGAUAUAUCGAUUAGUUUACCAGAACAAAAGGUAUCUGUUAAAUCAACACUGAGUGCUGAUGAUUUACUAGAAAUAAUUAAGAAAACUGGCAAGAAAACCACAUAUGUUGGUGCUCAGUAGAAUUAGCUGGUUGGUUUUUGAUACCACAAAAUUUGUGGCCCUUUUGGAUGCUCAAAAUCAUUAUGGUAAAACAGUGUAAUAAUGAACAGCUAUAAUCUAUAAACUAACACUAUAUUUAAUCAAAAUGUAUAAUUUUAUCUCAUAUUCUGGCUAUUCAUGUUUACUGUAGCUUGAUGGUGAGUCCCACCAAAUGAAUAGCUUAUUUACCUGAUUUCACCAGCACUUAUCAUAAGCUAUAGCUUAUAUCAAUCCCAUACAUUUGUGUACUUUACUAAUAGUAGUAAAAUGUCUUCUCUAUCCCACACUAAUUGUUAUUGAUGUUGCUGCAUUGGAAAAUGUUAUAAACUUGUAAACUAUGUUGUGUAAUUCAAGAAUACUGGACCCAGUUAUGACUCACUUUGCAAAUCUUGGUUGUAAUGCACAUGUUAAACAUAAAUCUAAAACUAAACUUCAAGUGGAUUGCUCUAAAAAUAGUUAUGGCAACUAAAAUUUCUCUUGUUACAACUUAAUCUACAGAAAGGGACUCACUUUGUUGUAUCUUUUUGCCUAUCCUCAUGCAACUUAACAAAUGUGUGUUACCUGUAUAUGUUGUUAUAAUAUUGAUAUUUUUUUUAAGAAUUUAAUAAUGUAUAAAAUUAUACUAUUUAAUAAAAAUAUUAUUGAUAAACAUAA